AUGGCCGUUGGGCUCCUACAUCGCAUCCAACAGCACACGACAUCCAAUGUCACUGAUAACUUUGUGAAGACACUACAGAAUUUGGCGAAAGCUCAUGCUCACGACGUCAACAUGUUCAUUAAAGCAUGCAUGGCCUUGGGAAGAUUCAAAGGGCAAGAGGACUUUCUUGCUAAGUUACACGCAGAAUUUUGUCAAAAUGUUAAUGGUGGGCCAAAAACCUCUCAGUUGCGGGUUGCUGGAGAGGGUUCACAGGCGGAUGUCGCCAUGCCCGCCCCACCUCGUUUUAGAAAAUUGAAAACCAAUGGACUGAACUUUGACGACGAGUAUUUUGAGGACGAGGAUACAGAUGAGCAGGGAUUGAACAAUACACUUGCUCCGGAGAAACAACCGCAGCGCCCUAGUAGGUUCCAAUUCAAAAAAUUGAGCAAAGAUGAAGCCCAAAAAUUACGACAAUACUCCGAGCCUGUGGAUAAAGAUUUGGGAGGCCAGCUGUCCAAAUCUACAGACAUGGAAAUUCCUAACUUAGUUUCCUACUCUAAUGACCUAACGCAUGUCGAGAAUAUUAAGAGAGACGAUGACAGCGAGGUAUUGUCCUUGAGUGAUAACGAAAGCGACGGUCAGAUCUUAGAAGAAGAUCGCGAAUGGUAUGAUAAUGAUGGUGACUAUGGACACCAAGCUCUCAGCCUCGUCGAAAAGAACUCGGAUGCUAAGUUUAAGGUAUCUGAAUCAUUCAAAAGGAAGGAAAGAAGCAGUGAUAAAUCGCAAAUUCAUCUUUCAUCUAUGUCAAUGAGUCAACGAAAAGAGUUCAUACCACCAUUCUUGUACAAAUAUAACAGUGACCCGGCAUAUUUUGCAAGCAUAAGCACCAUUAGUGGGGUUCAAGAUUCUUCAACUAAGAGACUGAUAGAUCCGAUACGUAAUGCGGAGAGUGAAUUCUCAUCGAACGCCAAGAAAGGAAGUACUACCGUAGCGAUGCGACGUAGUAAAGAAGUACAAAAAACCAAAAUGCAAGAAACAAGCGAGUUGUCCGGUACAGCUAUAGGUGAAAUUAUGGGCAUAAAGGAGGGCCAGGUUUCGUCAAAUAUUCAAAAACCCAUAAAUCAGAAUCAAGAGCACGCCACUGCUGCAAGUUUUGCAGAAAUACAAAGAAUGCGAAAAUCGCUACCAGCAUAUAAAGUACGUUCCGAGCUUCUUCAAAUCAUUAGAGAUCACCAGGUAGUUAUUAUAAUUGGUGAGACAGGGUCAGGUAAAACAACACAACUGGCCCAAUUCUUGAAGGAGGACGGCUACUGUAAUGAUGGUCACUUGAUCGGAUGUACACAGCCUAGAAGGGUCGCUGCAAUGUCAGUAGCCACAAGAGUUGCCCUAGAGGUCGGCGUUGAAAUUGGAGACGAAGUUGGGUACUCUAUUCGGUUUGAAGACAAAACCUCUUGGCGUACUAAAAUUAAGUUCAUGACUGAUGGUAUACUUCUCAGAGAGUUUGUGACCAGCAAGAUGCUCGAAAAAUACAAUUGUAUUAUAAUGGACGAGGCACAUGAAAGGUCUCUGAGUACUGACAUUUUGUUUGGUAUUUUCAAAAAUCUUCUGUCAAGUCGGAAAGAUCUGAAGUUAAUUGUGACGUCUGCAACCAUGAAUGCCAAUAGAUUUUCGCAAUUUUUUGGUGGUGCACCGAUGUUUACUAUCCCGGGAAGGACACAUCCUGUUCAAAUCGUAUUCUCGAGGCAGCCAGUUAGUGACUAUGUGGAAUCGACGAUACUACAGGCCAGCAAACUUCAUUUAUCCAAUCCAAUUGAAAGUGGUGACAUCCUUAUAUUUAUGACCGGUCAAGAGGACAUUGAAGCAACCUGCGAAGGCUUGAAAGAAAGGCUGAUAGAUAUCAAUUCCAAGAAAAAAAAUCGCAAUUCUGCAGAUAGCGAAUUGAGUGACAUCGAAAUCCUACCUAUAUAUUCUGCUUUGCCUGCAGACGUUCAGAAUAAGGUUUUCGAGCCUACUCCAAAUAAACGUAAGGUUGUGGUUGCAACUAAUAUCGCUGAAACUUCUUUGACAAUCGACGGCAUUAAAUUCGUCAUUGAUUGUGGAUAUGUGAAAUUGAAGGUGUAUAAUCCUCAAAUUGGACUGGACAGCCUGCAAAUUGUUCCUAUAUCAAUGGCAAGUGCGAAUCAAAGGUCAGGGAGAGCAGGAAGGACAGGCCCCGGAGUUGCAUAUCGGCUAUUCACUGAAGACUCUUACUUUGACGACAUGUAUGUGCAGACGAUACCUGAAAUUCAAAGAACAAACUUGUCAAAUACUAUUUUACUCCUGAGACAUUUAGGAGUUCGGGAUCUUAUGGCCUUUCCACUGAUUGACCCUCCCCCUGAACAAAGUAUCAUAUCCUCGUUGUUCGACUUGUGGACAGUUGGAGCUUUAGAUAAUUUUGGUGCAUUAACAAAACUUGGGAUACAGAUGGCGUCUUUCCCAUUACAACCAUCGCUAUCAAAAAUGCUUUUGAUUGCGUCUCAGAGUGGAUGUAGCGAAGAGAUGUUAACAAUAGUUUCGAUGUUGUCAGUUCCUCAGGUUUUUUAUAGGCCCCGAGAAAGAGAGGAAGAAUCGGACCAAGCGCGAACGAGAUUUUUUGUGCCUGAAUCAGACCAUCUCACUUUACUGAACGUUUACGCACAAUGGAAAGCAAAUUCGUAUUCGGCAGGUUGGUGCAAACGUAAUUUUCUUCAAUACAAGUCCUUACAGAGAGCGAAAAGCAUUAGAGUACAGCUAAGCGCCCUGAUGCAGAAGAAAUCCAUUUCGAUAGUAUCGUCGGGAACUGACUGGGAUGUCAUAAGAAAAUGCAUAUGUUCGGGCUCUGCAGAUCAAGCAGCUAGAUUAUCAGGACUAAACAAGUAUGUUCAACUUAGAAACGGUCUCGAGUUACGCGUACAUCCAGCAAGUGCAUUAUUUGGUGCCGGUGACCUACCGUCGUAUGUUGUUUAUCAUGAAAUGUUGCUCACGUCUAAUGAAUAUAUUAAUGUGGUAACGGCUGUGGACCCAUUAUGGCUCAUGAACUAUGGUGUAGUAUACUAUAACGCCAGCCGCAGGGUAGAUGAAGAAGAGGAUGUUGGAUUGUAUGCUGCUGAAUCCAAACAGCAUUUGAAAGAUGAAGUAGACGUAUCCAUAGAGCAGGCCAUGAUGAAAAAAGAGCUAAUCAAAAGGCGCUUACUGAAAGAUGCAAAGUCAAUACAAGACAACAAUGGCCUUGACGAUGCAAAAGGUCAAAACGAAAGCAUCACAAAGAAGCCAGGUGCUAAAAUAGGGUUCAAGAGGAGACGUCCUUUUUAA